GCAACUUUUAAUUGCCAGACGCCGUUAGCCCGAACAAAAAGCGUAAACAACAAGAAAAUGAAAAUCUUCUCGCUUGGAUCUGUGCUCACCCUCUCCGCCGUGGCCAGCGCCGCCUUGGCUGCACCGCAGGGCGCUGCUCGCCUGCGCCGCGACGUCUCCGAGCUGGCGGAUGCCGCCGCCAUGGAGUACGUGCCGCCGGCAACGGAGUAUCUGCCCGCCGAUGCCACCGAGCAGCCGAGCGCUGUGCGGGGCGAUGAGGGCUACGAGUAUCGCACGGUGCGUCGCCUCAAGCUGCGCCAUCGCAACCGGCGCGACGUUUCGCAUUUGCCUGGCCAGCAGUACUUGCCGCCGCCCAGCAACAGGUAUCUGCCACCUGCAGCUGCACCGGCUCCUGCGGCAGUCGAUGACACCGAGGAGGUUGUGUCCGCUGCGCAGCCCAAGGUGGCCAACGAAUAUCUGCCGCCAGCCGCAGAGGAGCAGCCAGCCAGCACUGAGGCGCCCCCGGCGGAAACCGAAGCGCCGGCUGCCGAGGCCCAGCCCUUGGUCGAGGACCAAAUCGUCGUGGAUGUGCCCACGGCCGAGCUACGUGACGAUGGCUAUCACUACAAGCAGCCCGAGGAGAUGCCCGCCGAGCUGAAGGAGGCCGCCAAGGAGUACUUGCCGCCUCUCGACGACGGCGUUGUGGUCGAGGGCCCAGCCGAUGGCGAGAGCUCGGUCCUGACCAAGGAUGGCUAUCAAUAUCGCGCCAUUCGCCGUUACAGAUUUUAAUUUCACCUCGUCCGCAAUUUCGCAUUUCUCUUUUUGAAUUUUACUUUCAACUUUGUUUUUGGAGUUUUUGUUUAUGUUUUUUU